AUGGCUAGAUCUGGGUACAGUUAUAGUCGUUCUAGAAAUAUUUUUGUAGCGGAAAAAAUACUUGAUAAAAAGGAGAGAUCAGGUAUUACAUUAUAUAAAGUAAAGUGGGUAGGAUAUCCUAGUAAUCAAUGUACAUGGGAGCCUCGUACAGGUCUUAAUAGAUUCUUAAUUAAAAAAUUUGAAAAAACCAUAUCUCAAGGUACUUCUCUUUUAUCUUCUGACACUGGUAAGGAUAGUUACGUAACUGAAAAAAAACCAAAAAGAACUUCAACUUUCAAAAAAGAUAGCGUGGUUGCAACAAAAAAACCCACUAUGAAAUGUGAAUCAAUUAAUUAUAACAAUAAUGAAUCUUCUCAAGAAAUUAAUUCUACUCAACGUAAAACAAAAACCUCAAAAUCGUUAACUUUUCAAAACGAUAAUAUUAUAAGACGUAGAAGUUCUCGAUUAUCCAUGCCUAGUACCGACAAUAAAGCUACUGGUUCAAUGCAAAAAAUUGACAACAAAAAUUCAUUACCAACUAAACCCUAUACUCUCCGGAGUUCUUCCGUUAGAAAGUCAGAAAAAAUGCCUAUUGCAGAAAAAGUCAAUAAAAUCAAGUACAAUGAUAAACCCUUGGGAGAAGGAGUUUAUGAAGUUGAAAAAAUUGUUGACUAUGAUGUUAGAAGUGAUGGUGUCAAAAUUUAUAAAGUUAGAUGGCUUGGUUAUUCUCCAACUUUUGAUACUUGGGAAACUUUGGAUGCAUUUGAUGAUCCAAAUUUUGUUGUCAAGUGUGAAAAAAGUAUUGUUAAUAAGACAUUACCAAGUAAAUCUAAAAGAGAAACUCGCCAUAAGUUUAUGAAAAGAACAAAAGAUAAAAGAUUUAAAAAAGGAAGAAAAAUAAGGAGAAAGUGA